AUGCCGACCGACCUCGAUAAUGCGAAGCUCAUGUUCCUUUGUCUGAAAUUCAGCACUGCUACCACCUUUGACUACAAGAAGAUCGGCGAAGAGUGCAAAAUCUCAACUGGAGCCGCCAGUAAGCGUAUGAGCCGUCUCAAGCAGGCCGUCAAAGAGGGCAAGGAGAAUGGCCUCGACGUCCGCUACCUGUGGUCGUGCAUCCAACACUCGGACAUGAACAACGUCGACUUCAAGGCUGUGGGCGAAGAGCUCAGCCUCAACGCCGGCGCGGCAUCCAAGCGCUGGUCGCGCCUGAAGAUGGCUCUUGAGCGUGGUGAGACGGGCUCCACCGCUGCUGCCGCUCCUGGUGGCAAACAAGGCAACGGCUCCAACGGCAAGAAGAGCGCGACCAGCAACAGGAAGCGCCAGAACGCUGAGACUGCCGACAAUGAAGAGGACGACACCGGCGCUUUCAAGAAAGCAAAGCGCAAUCCCAGCACCCGCAAGGUCAAGACCGAAGAACACAACGACGACGACGGUAAUGAUGCCGCGGAGACGUACGAAAGCGACGACACUGCCGAGGGCAUCGUCAUCCCCGGACUCGACAAGAAGCCCACGACGAUCGUCAAGAAGUCCGCUCCCGCUCUCUCUCAGAUGGCAGCCACCACCGACGGUCCCGUCAAGACGUCGACCUUCCUUUACACUGCCGCUCCCGACAGCCCGCCCUCCCCCGCCUCGGCUCCUCCUCGCCGCCGCCGCGGUCGCAGGCCUCUGACGGACGACGAGGUCUACCGCAAGCUCAACGUCGACGAGGCCGAGGAGCACGCUCGGCGCAGCAUGGGCGGCGCGACCUCGCACGCCUACCCCAAGAGCCACAACCUGCGCGACACUUUCGCGUCCAUGCGUACCCCGGACGGCAAGCACGGCGGCGGCGCCACCACCGCCAACGCCUUCGACGACAUCACCAUCCCCGGCGAGAACGACGACGCGGACGGCAACAGCGUGACGCCGGGCCGCUGCUCCACGCCUGACAACAACAACAACAACAACAACAACAACAACAACAACAACAACAACAACAACAA